CAAUGGCAUCCAUAACAAAUAUCCAAGAAUUAUCCAAAAAUCAUGAUAUAGAAAAACAGUCGAACAAUAUGGAAGUAGAACAAAACCUAGAGGUUUUAAUAGUAGAUUACUCAAAAAGAGCACAAUGGCUUAGGGCAGCAGUAUUAGGUGCAAACGAUGGAUUACUCUCAACAUCAUCUUUAAUGAUGGGAAUAGGAGCAAUUCAUCAAGAUUCAAAGUCCAUGAUCCUCACCGGUAUCGCGGGGCUCGUAGCAGGAGCAUGUAGCAUGGCUAUAGGUGAAUUUGUGUCCGUUUAUUCCCAGUAUGACAUAGAAAUGUCACAACUUAAAAGAGAAAACGCGACAGAAUUAUUUGAAGAAAAAAAGAAGAAGUUGCCUAGUCCUUUACAAGCUGCAGGUGCAUCUGCUUUUGCAUUUGCAAUAGGUGCAAUUGUACCUUUAUUAGGUGCUGCUUUUGUGAAGGAUUAUCAUGUGAGAUUAGGAGUUAUGGUUGCUGUUGUUAGCUUAGCACUUUUAGGGUUUGGUGGGUUAAGUGCAUACUUAGGGAAAGCACCAUUCGUUAAGUCUUCAUUAAGAGUGUUGAUUGGUGGAUGGUUGGCUAUGGGAAUCACUUUUGGAUUUACUAAAUUAGUAGGUGUUACUGGACUUUAUGGUUAA